AUGAGCACGCCCGAGGAGCAGAUUGUGCAGGCCAUCCACGUCCUCAACGACUACGCGCUCCAGGGACAGCCCAUCCACGCACAAGCAUUCGAGUUUCUCAACAAAUUACGCGCAGAAAGCGCACAUUCAUGGCGCUACGCCCUCUCCCUCUUUGUCGCCACAAACGACGACGGUCGCACGCGCAGAUAUGGCCCAGACGUCCGUAUGUUUGCCCUCAACGUUCUCAACGACUUUCUCGAGUUUCGCAACUCGAGCGGAAAUCUCCCCGACGAAGAUGUCGCGCUCCUCCGAGAACAAUUACUCACCUAUCUCCGGAUGGAAUACCUCUAUGGUCCCGCAGAGGGCUCGGCCAAUUAUAUACGUAACAAAUUUUCCCUCACCCUCACUCUCCUCUUCUUGGUCUCGUACGAAAAACAAUGGUCUACCUUUUUCGAUGACAUCUUUACCCUCCUCAAGCCCCCACCAGAGUCGGGUGCAGAACCUUUUAAUAAACACGUCUCCAUCUUCUUCUUCCGACUCGUCCUCGAAAUCUCUUCAGAAGUCGCGGAUCAAGUCUUGAAGAAUGCACGCGCGUUUAGUGCAGAGAGAAUGGCGCGAGAUGGGCGUAUACGCGAUCUCAUACGGUCCAACGAGGCGGCCAAAAUCAACACUGCCGUCCUUGCCAUUGUGCUAGAGGGCAAGCAGACCAUUGAUAGGCAGCGUGCAGAGAAUCCAGACGCUAUUAUUGCUCCAUUGGAUGAAGAGGUGGUGGAUACGGGCAUUCGUGCAUUUGCGAGCUAUGUUCCAUGGAUCGAUAUCAACCUUACCGUUACACCGGACAGCAUUCCUCUUCUCUUUUCCCUCCUCGCCGAUCCAGACCUGGCCAUUCGAUUAGCCACUUGUACUGCCCUACAAAAGAUUGUCACCAAGGGACUCAAAGUCGCGUCGGACAAACUCAAGCUCCUCCAGGUCCUCUCUCUCACGCCGGUCAUUGAUCAGUUGGAGGCACAGACGUUGGCGUCGCGAGCCGUUAGUCCAGGCGACGACCUUGAAUCGUUUCGAGAGGCGUUGGCGCGGAUCGUCAAUGCACUCGGGAUCGAGCUCAAAGAGAUUUGUGCCAACACUACACUCCCACCCGAUGAGAUGCAGGCAGCGGCAGAGAUGCUCAUCGAGCUCGUCCCUCUCGUGUUGCGAUUCCUUGCCGACAAGUUUGAUGAUACAUCCUAUGUCUACAAGAAGGAAAGAUCCGCUUCACCACAUUCGCAUAUGACGGCUCAGAGGGAAGAAUUUCUCCGUGCUACUCUCAACAUUUUGAUCGAAAAGUUUAAAUGGGAUUCAGAGGAUGAUCCGGAGGAUACAGACUCGGAGGACGUGUCAUAUUUCGAGAAUAUGCGCAAGGAUAUUCGCAAGUUGAUGGAUUCCAUCUACUCUAUCAAUCCCGAACUUGUGACGAGUAUCAUCUCGGAGCGAGCACAAUCUGCCCUUGAUUCGUACGAGUCGGGUGCGCAGCUACCCUGGGAAGAAGCCGAGCUCGCCAUCUUCCUCGUCUUUAUGUUUGGAGAGCUCGGUGCCAAGGAUAGAGGCAAGGGACGGCUCGCGUUUUGCAUGGCACCACCCAACAUUCCAAAGGAGGCGCGGAAAACAAUCGACUAUUCAGAGUAUCCGCUCACUCCUCAGGGAGAAAUGAUGCAGUCUCUGUUGCGCUCGCGCAUCUCCACCUAUCCGAACCCAACCGUGGCCAUGCAAUUCUUCGAGACGGUUGCGAGAUAUGCCGAUUUCUUCAAAGUGCGAAAAGAGAAUGUGCUUCCUGCUCUCGAGGCCUUUCUCGAUACACGUGGCGUUCAUCAUCCAGUGAUGACAGUUCGAAGACGGGUAUUUUAUCUCUUUCACCGCUUCGUCCAGGUGCUACGGAUCGACAUUGACCCGCAAAACGUCCCUGCCAUCUUGACGGCCAUCCAAGAUCUCCUCGUCAUUGACGCCAAGAUUCCAGAUGACUUUUCGCACAAUGAAGGCGAAGACUUUUUGGGACAGUUGCUCAAGGAGACGACACUGUUCGACGCGCAGCUCUACAUCUUUGAAGCCGCUGGCGCUCUCGUGUCCAUUCUAUGGAGCAUGCCAGAAGCGCAGGCGGUCACCUUGCAGAAUCUCAUCGCACCGCUACUCACGCAUCUCUCUGCGUGCCUCCAGAAGCCACCCACUGGAACAGAGGAAGAUCAUCAGAAUGCACUAGAGGUUCACCAUAGCAUCUGCGCAUUGGGGAAUAUCCCAAAGGGGUUCCCUGAAUAUCCCUCGCCGGUUCCACCGGACUAUAUCCAACCUCCCAUUGCAGAAUUUCGACAAAUGGCAGAAGCCAUACUCGUUUCGCUCGGAGUCAUGGGCCAUCUCAAGGCGAUUCGAGAAGCGGCGAGGUUUGCAUUUGGAAGGCUCAUCGCUGCGGCUGGUCCAACGAUUACAGAAUACGUACCGCGGCUCAUGCAGGCUCUCCUGUCUCAUUUCGAGACGACAGAGUUUGUCGACUUUAUUUCGUUCAUCGCCCAUAUGACGCACAAGCUUCAGGUUCAGAUGCAGCCUGUUCUGGACGAAGUUUUUAUCCCUCUCACCACUCAUGUCUCUAGUCUCAUCGCCCAACCGAUUACUGGGACAGACGACAAGACCGCUCACAUUGACACUAAAAAGGCGUACCUUACUUUCCUCAAUACCGUUAUGCACUCCAAUCUUGGCACGAUAUUUAUCUCUCCACGCAAUGUACCCAAUCUACAAGCAUUCUUGGAUACUAUCCUCCAGAUGGCGUCAGACGCCACUGAUCCGCUUAAUCAGAAGCUAGCCCUCACAUUCAUUAACCGAUUCAUAUCCUCCUUUGGGCAGAGCGCCCCUUUGGCAGACAGCGCUGCACCCAACAGCAACAUUGUCGUACCCGGCAUCGAACAAUACAUCUAUCAACGCAUCUUUGUCACUGCAUUUAAUAUCCCGACCGCUCCCGACUUUAACAUGAAGGAUGGCCAAUCUACUGCCACACUGUAUGAGAUUGCGAGUAUCUUUCAGACGACCGUCAAAGUCCGUGGAGAUGAGGCGGUCAAUUAUCUUGCGACGGUCUUUUUGCCGUCACAAAACCUCACACCGCAAAUGGCCGCAGAGCUCGUGGGCAAUAUGCAGAGCAUGGACAAGCGCGGGUUCCAAAAGUACUACACGGACCUCGUCAAGGCAUAUCGCCAGUAG